AUUGUUGUUGGAAAGAUGGCGUCCCAGUGCAGCCUCUCUACUUUAUUUCCUAUCCAAAGCCAACUGGAUUGCGACCUAGAAGAAGCUACGACGCAGCAAGAGAAAGAAAAUCUUGUCUACCAGUAUCUGAGAAAGCUAGACGAGGGGGAGGACCUGAAGAUACCAGAUUUCCAGACAGGCUUAGAAUGGCUGAACACAGAGGGGCCUCUAUCUCUGAACAAGGAGCUGGCUGGGAAAGUGGUGCUGCUGGACUUCUUUACUUACUGCUGCAUCAACUGCAUGCACAUCCUGCCUGACCUGCACCACCUGGAGAAUAAGCACUCUGUCAAAGAUGGACUGGUGAUCAUCGGUGUACACUCAGCUAAGUUCCCUAAUGAAAAGGUCCUGGACAACAUCCGCAGCGCUGUGCUCCGCUACAACAUCUGCCACCCGGUGGUGAACGACAGCGAGGCUCUCCUCUGGCAUGAGCUUGAGGUGUCCUGUUGGCCCACACUGGUGAUGCUGGGCCCACGUGGAAACCUCCUCUUCUCUCUCGUAGGUGAAGGCCACCGCGACAGGCUGAUGCUUUUUACCAGCAUCGCCCUUCGUCACUAUGGGGAGAAGGGUCUUCUGAGCACGCACACAGUGGGGAUCAAACUCUACAGGGACUCCCUGCCUCCCAGCGUCCUGUCCUUUCCUGGGAAGGUCGCCAUAGACGACAGCAGGAAGAGACUAGCCAUCGCCGACACCGGGCAUCACAGAAUACUUGUGAUGACUGUGAAUGGACAGCUUGAACACGUCAUAGGAGGGCCUGAAAGCGGAAGACAAGAUGGUGACCUGUCCAAAGCCUCCUUUAACUCCCCUCAGGGAGUUGCCAUUAAAGGAGACACCGUAUAUGUCGCUGACACAGAAAACCACCUCAUCAGAAAGAUCGACCUGAUGGAGCGAAGAGUCAGCACCCUCGCUGGAGUGGGCAGUCAGGGCACAGACAAAGAGGGCGGAGCCAUGGGACCUGAGCAGCCCAUCAGCUCUCCUUGGGAUGUGACUCUGGGCUGUGCCGGCGGUGACGAAGAUAAUGUGCUGUGGAUAGCCAUGGCAGGGACCCACCAGAUCUGGGCUUUGUUCCUAGCAGAUGGCAAGCUGCCCAAAGGAAGUGAGUCUAAGGCUGGGACAUGUGUGCGAUGGGCUGGCAGCGGUAAUGAGGAGAAUCGGAACAACUCCUACCCACACAAGGCGAGUUUUGCUCAGCCCUCAGGCCUGGCUUUGGCCCCCCAGGAGCCGUGGAGCUGUCUGUAUGUGGCCGAUAGUGAAAGCAGCACCAUCCGCACGCUGGCACUGAAGGACGGAGCCGUCAAGCUACUGGUCGGUGGAGAGAGAGACCCAAUGAAUCUUUUUGCUUUCGGGGAUGUAGACGGCAAAGGCGUGGAUGCCAAGCUGCAGCAUCCUCUCGGUGUUGCCUGGGCUCCUGAACAAAGCCUGCUCUAUGUGGCCGACUCAUACAACCACAAGAUCAAAGUGAUUGAUCCAAAGAUGAAGCAGUGUAGUACAUUAGCAGGGACUGGAGAAGCUGGAGCGACUCUGGGCCCUGAAUUUGACAAAUCCUGCUUUAAUGAACCAGGAGGACUUUGUGUAGGCGACAGCGGCAAACUUCUCUACAUGGCUGAUACCAACAAUCACCAAAUCAAAGUGCUGGACCUGGCUUCCAAGACUGUCUCACUGUUCCCUGUCUCCAUGGACUGUACAGACUCCGUACCCUCAAAGCCUCUACGUCCCACCAAAGCCCCAACGUUGCCUAAAUCAGCUCCCCGGAAAGAACUGCCAGCAGUGGCCGUUACUGCAGGCCAGACUCUCGUCAUGUCACUCACCCUGUCACUUCCUCAAGGAACCAAGCUUACUGAGGAGGCUCCCAGCUGCUGGGUGCUCUCUGCUGAGGGUAACGAGUGGCUUCUAGGAGAUCAGUUGGUCACAGGUGACAUCUUGGAUCUGUCAACGCCUCUCUCCAUCACAACAAAACUUCCAGCUGUUCUAAAAGAAUCUAUCAGCAAUCCAAGCCUGACUCUGGGUGUGUGGGUUUACUACUGUCUGGAAACAGGUAACACCUGUAUGAUGAAAGCUGCCUCCUUCACCCAGCCUCUUCAACUAAAUGCCAAACUUGGAGAUGGAGUAGUGACUGUGUCAUUGGCUCACACCUUCUAAAAACCUUUCUGAUGUUUUAUUCUCAAUAAUGACUGAAUCACUCCUGUCUGACACACUGCUUUUCAUUUCUGUUUUAGCUGACUCUAGCUCCUGUUCUGUUCAGGGACCGGUUAGAAGAGAGCACAGAUUGUUUUUGACAGUCACUUCUAACAAAAAUGCAGCUCAUUCAAAUGGGAUUUUCUGGGGAAUUUCAUUUCAAACUGCUCAACAAGCCAAAAAAAGAAAAAAAAAAAAUCAAAACAAGGAGGCACAUCCCCAGGCGUCUUCUGAAGGCUACACAGGAAAGUAAACUGCAAACAGAAAUCGGUAUCAUAUUAUAUUUAUGCAGCAAUUUUUUCAAGGAAAUGGGGUAACAUAAAAUCAGUAUGUUUAAAGUUUCCUUUUUAUAUGAACAAAAAAAUGAUCCUUGAGGAAGAUGCCUUCAUAUUUCCAAACAAUGUAAAAGGACUUAAUAAACAAAAAAUCAAUAGAUUUUCCUUGAAUUUCUGAUAUAUUUUACAUCAGAGUUUGAUAGCAGUGGCAGGACUGCACAGGAAAAUAAACAAAGAAAAACCUGGAACUUCAAUUUAGUUCUUAAACGUUUUCCCGAAAAGCUAAAUGGAAGAGUUUAAAGAGAAAGACAUUUAAGGCACACUCACAUUAAUCAAACAAACUAGACUUUGGAGGUCAAGUACUGCACAGAUUGCCUAUUAAUGAGUGUGCACUUUGAUGUUAGAAUAAAAAAUAUUCAUUAAAAAACCUGAGUGAAAUUGCUUUGAAAUAUGUUCAAAAGAGAAACUAUUUAAAUCUAUUUUUUAAGUCCCACCAGGACCUACAUACAGGAGGAGGAAUUUUCAAAAUGGGACUUUGGGAUGUUUUAGUCUUCCUUCUUGCACAGGCAUUGCUUUUGAAUGCUUACAUAGAAGUUCAGCCAGUUUCUCUAAAACAAGAUAUCUUUAUCCCAAGAGGUUUUCAGAUUGAUUUUUAAGAUAGGUAAACAAAAAUCCCAAACUUUUUUUUAAAUUCCUAAUCUGGGGGGAAAAAGGAAAGCUUUAUGUAGAGGUGAUCUAUUCACAGACUCACACUGUAUUAUCAUUAAUAAUUUACUAGCUUGAAGGUCUUCAACUGAAUAUUAACUGUGUACCUUUGGUAUAUUUCCAUGUAUAUGUGUUGUUUCUUUAGUUUAGCUUGGAUGGGGUAAUUCUAGCUUUGGUGAAUAUUUUUUACAUAAGCUUAUACCUGCUAAAGUGUUUCUCUGAUAGCCUUCAGCUCUUUACAGUCUCCACUGCCUCUAUGACUUAUUAUACUAUUGAUUUGCAUUAUUCAUGGCACAAGGAGCCCUUUUGUUUUAGACCAUAAAACACUGCUCCUAUCUAAGUAAUGGAUAAAGUGCCUGUACGCCAUAAGUGGAAGCAACCUCCUGCAAAAUGACAGUAGAAUUUUUCAGUCUGUGCACUGUGAGUGGUCUCAUAAUAAGAGACACUUAUUAAAAACCUCUUUUUCACGCAUAAAAAUAUUUCACCUCAAGGUAAAGAGAUGUUCCAGUACUGUAAUAGGUUAAAAGUGUUAGUUGUCAUUUUCCAUCAUUGGUUUUCAAAGCUAUGAGCUGUUGUCAGAAAAGGGCUUGUGAGUUGUUAGAUUAUCGUCGCUGUCAUCAUGUCUCACAUCAUUACUCUUAUUCUCAGACUGUUUUUGUUUGGUUUGGCUUGAGUGCCUUUUGAAGAGGUACAACCGUACAAAUGAUGAAAAAUCGAUGACACUUAAACUGUAUUAAAAGCAAUAACAUUUGUUUAAUGCAAGGAAUGUUUUAUUCCCACAGAUUAUUUAUUUCAAAUCAAGUGAAAACAAUUUGCUUGCAGAAUUUGCUGCCUGUGGGCAUUAUGUUUCGGAUAUUGUUCAUCAGUUUUCAUUUGAUUUUUUCUCACUGCACUGCCUUUUCUGGCAACUUGUGGUAUGAAUUAAUUUUCUCGGGGACAGUUUGUGUUAUAACUUCUUAAUGCUGCACUUUAAAAUGCAAGUAAAAAAGCUAAUAAAACAUUUGAAUGAA